AUGUCGAUUCCUGAAUGCCAGAAAGUAUUACCUGAGGAUUACGUCUUUAAAGCUAUUGAUGCUUUGCCUUCAAUAGCUCAUCCAAUGACUCAGUUUGCUAGUGGUGUUAUGGCUCUCCAGGUAGAUGGCUCUGUUCUGAACUACCCUGGCCUAAGUAAUACGUUCUGGGAGUCAACCUUUGAGGAUGCCCUCAACUUGAUAGCUCGUGUUCCUGUUGUCGCUUCAUAUGUUUAUAGGAGGAUUUAUAAGGAUGCCAGCAUCAUUCCAUUAGAUGAUUCUUUGGAUUAUGGUGCUAAUUUUUCCCCCAUGCUGGGAUUUGAUAGUCCUCAUAUGAAAGAGCUCAUGAGGCUUUAUAUCACUAUGCACAGGUUUGUGUUGGUUCUAUUUCGAGUUUUGAUUGGGAUCAAAUCACUUGUGGAGGAGUGCGGUGAAAAAAUAUCAAAGGAAGAGUAUGUCUGGAAAACGUUAAACAGUAGCAAGGUAAUUCCAGGAUAUGGCCAUGGUGUUUUGCGUAAGACGGAUCCAAGAUAUGUGUGCCAAAGAGUGUUCGCCUUGAAGCAUCUACCUGAUGACCCGCUUUUUCAGCUGGUGUCAAAGCUUUAUGAAGUUGUGCCUCCUAUUCUAACCGAGCUAGGAAAGAUACUAUAUUUCCAUUACCACUUCAUCUGGUUCCAGCUUUCUCACAUUGUGUCUAUGGGUUAUCUUCUCGUUUUAUUUUGGUUUCAGUUGAUAAGGGGCCGAGCUCUUGGACUACCACUUGAGAGGCCGAAGAGUGUAAACAUGGACUGGCUCAAUAACUUCAUGCGCUUGAGCCGCUGAGUUAAUCCCAGCCAUGUUGGUCAAGGUUCAUUCUCUUUCUUUCACCAACCAGCCUUCUCUCCCGUUUGAGGAUCUUUUAGCACAUUUUUAGAACGAUUAUCCGUAAUUAUUCAGAGUUUUCUUAUUGGUUCUAAAACACACAAUAAUGCUAACAACUAAAUAAACAGUAUUUCCUGUCUAUUGGAUUUAAGCUUGACAAUUACAAAGUGUUUUAGAACGUCAGAAAGAGCGUUUAAGCCAUCGAAAAAACAUGAUAAACCCUAGGCUAAAGCUAUAAAACUUAAUAAGAAACCCUAAACUUAUCUAGUCUCAAAUUUUGAAUAAUGUAUGUGUUUACCUUCUCUAAUGAACUUGAUCCUCUUUUAUCAUUUUUAUGUCUUUUUUUGCUAAAAUUUUAUGAUUUUUAUGGCGACAAAUAUUAUUCCCUUACUUUUCUUUUGAAAUCGACAAAGAUUAAUUUGAACCUUUAUCAACUUGAAUGCAUGGUGAACAUGAGCAAACUCCAUCUCUAACAAAUACAUUGUUAUGAUUAUUUUUCUCUAUGUCCACAACUUUGGCUACCAAGUAAUCAACUGGCACAAAGGUCAAGCCCAUCCAUGCGUUUGCGUUUAUUGGUAUUGAGUCAAGGAGUAAACUACGGUACACGAGAGGUCGUAUACUAAACAAUUAAGUAUGGCUAGAGGAGUCGUUGAAUUUUACUCUUUUAACUUUUGUGUACGUGA